CAAAAACAACAAGGAUAUCAAAAAACUCUGAACAACACAAAUCAAAUCAGCUUAAAGAAGAAAAAAACUGAAGGAGGCGAACCAAAAACGAAAUUGAACUCUACAAAAAAGUUUAAAGGAAAAAAUCUAGAUAUACACCUCAAUACAUAUAUAUAUAUCUCGAAGUAACGGCAUUUGCCGCAUUUUGCCUAAUACAAAUCACCGAAACUCCAUCAUCUUCCGUUUUUGCCACCAGAUUUUGAAGUAUUUGUAAACUCAAUAAUAACAACCAAAACAAAUUUUACUGAGAUUCUCAAGCUUUACAAUUAGCACUACCGAACUGCUUCGCUUGCACGCAUUUAACUGCAAGUAGAUUUUGCCACAACUUUUCGCGUAUUUUCUGGAAUUUUCGUCGUAUUUCUUUUGAACUCCAAUUAUCAAAGCAAACGCCACUUAUGGCAUCACUCGAGGAACAACCAAUCGCAACGAUCACCGCCAUUUCCACCUUUGAUCCCGCUACCACCAAUACCUCUGCUGAUAUCGCUUCGAACGUAACCACUACUUCCGGCUCUUCUGCUGCUGCUGCUGCCAACGCGCUCGUUGGUAAUUUGUCGACGUUGGACUCGGAUUUCAGCCUCAGCGCUUGCGCCGAGAAACAACUUUUAGCGCCUGGCGCUCUCCUAACAGGCAGCAAUAGCGCUGUAGGUACUCUGAAUAUCAAUACCACUGCUACGACGACUGGUGCGGCUGUUGAUUCGAUUGUGGAAAAGCUCGUCAGCUCGCUAACGCUCGAUAUGGACUCGGACUCUUUGGGUAAUGGCAAUACAACAAUGUCACGUGAUUUCAACUGCAACGGCAGCGUUGCCAGCGAGCAUAAGAGCGUCUCAUCGCGUUCUUCCUCCUUGGCGGGCAACAUGUUUAGCGAGGUGUUCGAGAAUAAGGGCAAUGACUUGGAAUCCGGUUCAUUGGAGGACUCGUGCAGCUCGAUCGGCGCCGAUGGCAUGGAUAAGAAUUGCAAGAUUUGCAGCUCGCGUUUAGUGACACCACGCGUGCUCUCAUGCCUCCAUGUAUUUUGUGAAUCUUGUCUGAUGAAACUGCUUACUGAGGAGUCGAACGGCAAUUCAUCAUCGGCAUCGUCCACUACUUCAACCGCCGGUGAGCUAAUGCCGCCAUUGAAGUCUGUUAUCGAGUGUCCCACGUGCAAACAAGUGACUAUGAUUGGCGCCAAAGGCAUUGAAUCGUUGACUUGCGAUUACAUUUUGACCAACAUACUCGAUCUCUCCACCAUCGAGUCGGAGCAAUUGUCGUGCACUUCGUGCAAGAGCAAGGAGAAGGCCAUUUCACGCUGCAGCGAUUGUGCUAAUUUCUUGUGCAGCGGUUGCGACAACGCCCACAAGUAUAUGCGUUGCUUUGAGAAUCACGAAGUGGUUAAGCUCGAAGACUUGCAGAAGUCCACCGCCGACAAGCCAUUGACCAUACACAAGCCGCUUUUCUGCAAUGUGCAUAGCGCUGAAAAUCUCAAAUACUAUUGCUUCAAUUGCCAAAUACCAGUUUGCAACGAUUGCUUAAUCGCCGAUCACAAAGGCAGUGAGCAUCACUACGAUGUCAUCGCCAUGGCCGAGAAGUCAGUGCGUGUUGAUGUGGAGAAUUUGAUGAAGGAAGCCAAAUCAAAGGUGCAAUAUUGUGAUGCCGCCGCUUCGAAUCUUUCCAGCGCGCUCACUGAACUUCAAACCCAACAUGAUUCGGCACGCGCCCGCAUUGAGGAGACCUACCAGAACUACAAGAAGAUCUUGGAGAAAUGCCGCGACCAAUCACUAAACGAGUUGGGAAAAUUACACUCGGAACGUGAACUCAAAGUUAUGGACUUGCUGCAGAACAUCGAAAAUACGAUGGGCAAAAUCGAUAGUACUUGCAAAUUCACCAUGCGUGUGCUGGAUCAAGCCAAUGCCGCCGAAUUUUUGUCCAUGAAGAAAUUGAUCAGCUCGCAAUUUAUAAACCUGAUCAACAGUACACCAAAGUGUGACAUUAACUAUUCACUGACCUUCGACACCAAGGCGGAAAAAUUCGAACAGGUCGCCCAAGAGACCUUUGGUAAAUUCCGCACUGAGUCAACUCCACCCUCACCGAAGGAGAGCACACCACCACCCACGCUACCGGGCAUGCCACCCAACAUGAUGAGCAGUCGCAGCGGCGGUAUGAACACUUGCGGCUCACAAGGUCAGCUAGCCGGUGGCAGCUCCGUUACCGCCAGCAGCCCAAUAUCUUUGCCGACUUCCAUGCAAAGCUCAUUCGAUGGUGACUUCUCGGUAUUGGGCAAUGGAUUCCUCAUGCCGAAUGUAUUGACACCGGACUCGCCACCACAUCAGCCACCGACAUUGCAUCACCAGAUUUCCCAUCAACAACAACAACAGCAGCAGCAACAACAAUCACAGGCACCGGCAACACAACCACCAGUACAUGGUGUAAACAGUGUACGCGGCGGUUUUGAUGGCGUUGGUUGUGUUGGCGGUGGCGGUGGUGGCUUGCCAGGUACAGGCCUUGCCAACGGCUUGAAUGCGCUUACAGGCAGUCAUGGUCCAAUGCAUGGUCACAAUCAAGGUCAUGGUCACGCCCACGGACACAAUCCGCUUGGCGGCAAUCCAUUAAGCGGCGCUGGUAAUAAUUUGGGUGUUGGCUUGAACAACAAUCCAUUAGGCAAUGGUAUAAACGCUUCGCUCAGCCAAGGCUUAAAUGGUCUGGGUGGUGGUGCUGCUGGUGGCGGCGCCGGCGGCGGCAGUGGUAUGAAUGGCGGCCUUAAUGGCGCACUCAAUGGAGGACUGAACGGACCGAAUAAUCCGGGCGGCGUUGGUGGUGGUGCACCGCCACCAAGCGCUUACAACAGUAUUCUCGAGUACAAUUUGUCACGUCUUGCCAGCCUCACGGAGGCCACACCGGAUGUCACGCUCAACGACGCCUUGGUGGGCCCCGGCGCCGGCGCUGGUGGUCAUCACCAGGCGGUAGUGCCAGCAUCGUCGGCACAGAAUCAACAGAUCUCAUUGGCGGACAUACUGUCGGGUGAUCAACGCGCUUUCAACAAUCUUCAGGCGCUGGCCAAAAUGGGACUCAAUAACAAUGUAGAUUUUCACACAGACAUGAAUCAGCUUUUAUCGAGCGGAGCUUCACCCGGAAUUGAUUGUAUAUUACCAGAUUUCUGCCUACCCGCAGCCACAUCGCCCAGCCUAUCAACACUCGGGCCGCUCGGCGCUGGACCCGUCGACGAUAUGUCCAUUACGAAUUUCCAUGCCGGCGCCGCACCGGGCACAACCAACAUUGUCACCGGUCGCAACAAGGCAACACCCAUGCAGAUACGUUGUAAAUUCGGUUCGCUUGGCACCUCUAAGGGUCAAUUCAAUUCACCACAUGGUUUUUGCUUGGGUGUAGACGAAGAGAUCAUUGUCGCCGAUACGAAUAAUCAUCGCAUUGAGGUUUUCGACAAAACCGGUACACUUAAAUUCCAAUUUGGCGUACCCGGCAAGGAGGAGGGUCAACUAUGGUAUCCCCGUAAAGUCGCCGUUAUGCACACCAAUGGCAAAUUCGUCGUAUGUGAUCGUGGCAAUGAACGCUCACGCAUGCAGAUAUUCUCAAAGUGUGGACAUUUCAUGCGCAAGAUCGCCAUCAGAUACAUUGAUAUCGUCGCUGGUCUGGCUGUUACCUCCAAGGGUCAUAUUGUGGCUGUAGAUAGCGUAUCGCCAACAGUUUUCGUUAUAUCCGAGGAUGGUGAGCUCGUGCGUUGGUUCGAUUGCAGCGAUUAUAUGCGCGAACCGUCCGAUAUUGCCAUACGAGACAAUGACUUUUAUGUCUGCGAUUUUAAGGGUCAUUGUGUUGCUGUCUUCCAAGAGGAUGGUACUUUCCAGUAUCGCAUCGGUAAUGAGAAGGUCACAUGCUUCCCUAAUGGCAUUGAUAUCUCGAACGCAGGCGAUAUUUUAAUUGGCGACUCACAUGGCAAUCGUUUCCAUGUGGCCUGCUAUUCGCGCGAUGGAGUUCUGCAAUCUGAAUUUGAAUGUCCUCACGUUAAGGUUUCACGUUGCUGUGGUCUAAAGAUAACAUCCGAAGGUUAUGUGGUCACUUUGGCCAAGAACAAUCACCAUGUGUUGGUACUUAAUACGCUCUACGUUCACUGAUCGCAAAUCAAAACCAUAAC